UUUUCUCUUGCUCACCAGUCACCACCUUCCCAAACUUCAUUAAAAGUAUGACUCUCUCUAGAUAUUACAUAAGUCCCUUUGAAGCUCACUUUUGAACUACUAUUUAUUUAAUUCCUUCUCGGGCUCUUUUUGUUUGUCUGUUCAGUGGACUGUCUGAUCGUGAAGCUGGUUGCUAGGCACUAGUCGUUCCUCCUUGGCCUCCAUUCUUCCGUAGAUGGGCUGUUUCCAUUCCAAGGCAACAAAGCAGUUCCCUGGACACGAAGAUCCUGUGGUCCUUUCAUCUCAAACUGCCUUUGGUGUGAGCGAAGUUGAAGCAUUAUUUGAGCUGUUCAAGAAUAUUAGCAGUUCCGUAAUAGAUGACGGGCUAAUAAGCAAGGGAGAAUUUCAGUUGGCUCUAUUCAAGAACAGAAAAAAAGAAAACCUUUUUGCAAAUCGGAUUUUUGAUCUCUUUGAUGUAAAGCAAAGAGGAGUUAUCGAUUUUGGUGAUUUUGUUAGGGCACUUAAUGUUUUCCACCCAAAUGCCCCACAGGAAGAGAAGAUUGAUUUUUCAUUUAGGCUUUAUGAUAUGGAUGGCACGGGAUUCAUCGAGCGGCAAGAGGUUAAGCAAAUGUUGAUUGCAAUUUUAUGCGAAUCUCAGAUGAAGUUGGCCGAUGAGACUGUUGAGAUAAUACUUGAUAAGACAUUUUUGGAAGCAGACUCAAAUCAGGACGGAAAGAUUGACAAAUCUGAAUGGCACAAUUUUGUGGGCCGAAAUCCUUCAUUAUUAAAGAUAAUGACUCUUUCGUAUCUAAGGGAUAUAACUACUACUUUCCCAAGCUUCGUAUUUCAUUCUGAAGUUGAUGAAGGUGCUACCUAACUAUCAAAUGUAGUUGAGUAAUUAAUUGAUGCACCUAAGUUUUGUUGGGGAGUUGGAGCUUUUUUUAGAAUGUAGAAAAACUAAGGGUGAUUAAAAUGGAAACAGUAGUGAUUGGAUCAUUAGGUUAAGCUAGCCUCCCGUUAAAAAGUUAUUUUGUAAGCAAUAUUCUGCUGUUUAAGAGUGAGCAGGAUAGAUAGAUUACAUUUCAA